GAAAACCGCUAAGAUGAAUAUAAUCUGUAGCCCCCACAGAAAUCUGUAAUAUCACGUGACAAAUUUACUGCAUGGUCACAUUCGUAUUUUUUAAAACUAUUUCUUGAGACUCGGAUUAUUCCCAUCCGACUUUUUUCGUUUUUUCUUUUGGAUCAACUCUAUCACACAUUACUAUAUAUUACUAAAAGUAUCAAAGUUUCUUUUUUAUAUCUAUUUUUUUUUCUUCAUAAUGGAUUUCCAAAAUAGACCAGGUUCGAAAGUUGGUAGCGGUGGUGUAGCCGGUUACUCAGAAACCAAUGUGGAUAGACGUGAACGUCUUCGCAAACUUGCUUUAGAAACCAUCGAUUUAAAUAAGGAUCCAUAUUUUAUGAAAAAUCAUCUUGGAUCAUAUGAAUGUAAAUUAUGUUUAACACUACAUACAAAUGAAGGAAGUUAUUUAGCGCAUACUCAAGGAAAAAAGCAUCAAACAAAUCUUGCACGUAGAGCAGCAAGAGAAGCGAAAGAAAAUAAUAACAUUCAACCGGCGCUACAAGCACAAACUAAAGUUCAAAUUAAAAAGAAUUUAGUUAAAAUUGGUAGACCGGGAUAUAAAGUAACAAAAGUUCGUGAUCCAAUUACAAGACAACUUGGCUUAUUUUUUCAAAUUCAAUAUCCAGAAAUUGGUUUGGAUGUUAUACCAAGACAUCGGUUUAUGUCUGCUUAUGAGCAAAGAAUUGAACCUCCAAAUAAAGCUCAUCAAUAUUUAUUAUUUGCUGCUGAACCUUAUGAAACUAUUGCUUUUAAAGUACAAAGUAAAGAAGUUGAUAAGGGUGAAGGAAAAUUUUUUACUCAUUGGGAUCCGGAUUCAAAACAAUUUUCUUUGCAGUUCUUUUUCAAAAAUGAUAGACCUGGAAUGUAUUCUGAGGGAAUUCCACCCGGAAUAGAAAGAGCUCCUAUGGUUAAUCCAUUAAAUCCCUAUAAUGCACCAGCAAUGCGUGGGCCAACUUUUGUACAUAAUUAAAUGGUAAUUUAGAUUAGAUAAAUUAUCUAAAUUGUUUGCAUAAUAAAAUUUUUAUGGCAGUUAGUACGUUUAUGAAAUUUUAAGUCAUGUGAUUUACAUAAUAGUGACAAUAGAUGAGAUGAGAUAAGAUAUGUGACUAUUUAUAAACCCUUUUUUUUUUUUUUUUUUUUUUUUUUUUUUCUUUUUUUUUCUUUUUUUUUUUUUUUUUCUUUUUUUUUUUU